AUGUUAUUUUCUUGGAAUUCUGGCUUUUCAGAUGAUAGAGUCUUGAGCGAAAGUGUCACGCUAGCGGACCGCUCUAGCGGAUCAGCGAAUGACGCUGGAUAUAGCGCUAGCGCUUCUAUCGACGAUGAAUCAUCAAAAUCUAAGUCGGACCCAGGUGUGAAGCCCUUACCGAGAAGCGCUCAUACCCCUGGGCUCUGCUGGGUGUGUCGCCGCCCAUUUCAGCUUUCUACUGAGUUCCAAGACAAUUGGAAGUGCUUCCAUCAACCCGUUGUCAGCAACGACAGUGAACUUCCGCCACCGAAGAGGUUUACCGCAGAGGAUCAGCCCGCCAUGCAUGCUUGCUGUUGGGAAAUCACUUGCAAGGUCUUUGAGUGUUCAAGUCUGAACAUGGCUCGUCGCGAAGAUUUGAUCCGCUGUCUCUAUUACAUGAGCAACUUUGCUGAAAUUACUCCUUUUGACUCCGAGACUAAUGCUCUUGAUUUGGAGCUAUUCACUGAUCCAGACUCUGUACCUUCUCCACCGGAAGAAGAGAAUUCUCAACUUGAAGUUCUUCUUUCUGAAGUUCUAGGGUUGCUCCAUGAAAAGGAUGGCCCAAUUGGAAUCGAUAAGCUACAGAAAAUCGACCCAUGCUUAGCGCAGUGGAUGAAAAUGGCAAAUUCGUAUUCUAUCAGGAUGAGCCGGUGUCCAAAUGUGAGACUUCUCUUGCAACGCGUGGUGAAAAAUCUCAGGCAAAGUGAUGCCUCUCGAUUUCCGAAGGCAUACAACUUCCGCGUGGCAUGGUACAAUGUCCAAGGGGUGAUUGAUGCCAUGGAAAACAUACCUCAGCCUAGGAUGAUCUUGCUCGAUUCUCGAAUGAAGGGUCGGGGACAAUACGCCAGAUAUCGCUGUGUGAUGGGAAUCCCAUUGGAUCUUGUCCAAUUGCGAACCCUCUUGCGCGUGCGGUCCAUCUUCCAGUUCAAGUUCAAACACGGUGGUAAGUGGGACCACAUAUGGAAUGGAGAGCCCGAGCAUGCCUGCGAUGACGUACAAAUUGAUUGGAAUGGGUCAGCACAGGACCUUGUGUUCCAUUACGACACGCUUCGAAAAGACAUCAAAAAGGUUGUCCCAAGGUUGCAGUUGAAAUGA